AUGGCGUUGGGGCGGCCUCGUCUGAUCCCUCCAUCCCACACAAGCCGAUUACACGAAGAGAAGAGCUUAUUGGGUCUCACUGACAGCAAAGUUUUCUUCUAUCAGCUUCCUUGUCGCAUUCAAGAGAUUCUUUCUCAAAGAUUACAGCACGUAUGCAGGCUUGAACAGUGGAAAAGGAAUCUUCCAUUGGCGACUGCAUUUACUAGCUGUGCAGAAGUAGCGAUGUGGUUACCACCAUCGUACAGUAGUAACCGCUUCUGCAUUCUGCUAACUAUCCAUUAUUAUGUCACCGUUUUGCUCAUCAAUCCACCAGUACUUGAUUCGAUCACGAUGAGUGAGCUUGGACAGGACGAAUUCCAUUCAUGUACCUGUGAGAUUUCAAUAGCUAUGGAAAAUCACUUUGCUGCAGCGAAAGAACUCGACAAUAUCGUAUCCUGCAUAGCCAAGGCAUGUCCAGAGUUUUUUUACAAUAAUGCAAUUUGGUGGACCUGCAACUACUAUAUCUUCACUGCCGCCUUACAUCUAUUUGGAAUACUUCUGGCGAGUUACCAAGCCGACUCCAUGGUGCGAGACAGAUUGCCCAGCUCGUUGGAGGUUCGGAAAGCCCUAGUAUCAGGCUUGCAAACACUAGAAAGUAUUGAUAGGGGCAGCCUGAUGAGCCGGAAAGGCCGUCAGUGUCUGCAAAGACUUUUAGAUAUGCUCGAGACAGCUGGUAAGCUUCACACUUAA